AGCACUCACGUGAUUGAAAAGAUCAAACUGAACAUGACUCCGAAUAUGUCCUAUGAAGCUCCUCCGUCGUUUACGCAGAGGCUCACUGUAGCCAAAAGAAAAGAGGCCAUUGAACUCCGAAAGACAAUGAAACCCCUGAUGGAAAAGAGAAGGCGCGCCCGCAUUAAUGACAGCCUAAACCACUUGAAAAACCUCAUCCUUCCUCUCACAGGAAAAGAUAAAACCAGGUACUCCAAAUUGGAGAAAGCAGACAUCCUGGACAUGACCGUGAGGUUCCUGCGUGACAUCCCCCCCGUCAACACCAAAAAUCCAGCGCACAGUUACGGAGAGGGUUACAAAGCCUGCCUCCAGCGCGUCUCCUCCAUGCUUCCCAAAACCAAACUUGACCAGGAGACCUCCAGCCAGGUUAACGACUUUGUCCAGAAGUCCAUGUCUGCGGUAGUCACCCCAACCUGCCAGAACUGCUGCGCCCAAAGAUCCAUGACUUAUCCAGAGAUUCACCAGAAGCUCCAGAGACUCAAAUCCAGCUUCAGCAGCAGACUGGAGAGCGCGCCGCGCAGCUGCUCAGCUGCAACUCCCACCCGGGUGCCGCUGAGCGCGCAGCCUGCUGGCUCUGUGUGGAGACCCUGGUAGAUUUCUGCUGGGAACUCUGUAAAAUUAAUAUGUUUUAUAUAUGAUUCACCGCGUUGCUUCUUUGAUGAAUUCUUCAUUAAGUCUUUCUGGUUAAGUAUUAUAUACUUACGUUUUGCGCACGAGUCUGUUGUCCUGUUUGAGCCGACAAACGUAGACGGUCGUAUUUUUUGGUAACUCCGCAUGUAUGUAUACGUUAAAUAUUCAGUCCUAUAUUUGGGCUGAGUGAUCAGGGGCCGUUAAAACAGCCCUGUAAGACCCCGAGGGUCAAUGUGUGUAAACAUUUGCGCAACCUGUCCAGAGGUUGUGCAAAUGAGCUGUAGACAUUAAAUGUCUUUUAUUGUGUAUCUCUAAUGGGAUCAACUUUAUGUUUGCAAUUGUUGGCAAAUAUUGUAUAUGAUGUACAAAAAUAAAAACUGCGAUGUCGUGGUUACUUGAAUUGUCGUUUGUCCACACUUCAUGGAGCUCCUAUUACAAUGGUUUCGAGUUAUAUACAUAUUUCUAAAACAAAAAUAAAUAUUAAUUUUGUUUAAUUGACAAAAAACUCACUGUGAAGAUAUAAAAAAGGGCACGCUUCAUAAACGAAAUAGGCUACAUUUCAAAAUGGAGCUAUAGAAUGUGUUAAUAAAAAGCAAUAUUU